UUACUCGGAAACGACAGUGAACUCUCCUCCCCCCCUUGAAGGCAGCAGGCUGUACGUCUUCUGCCGCAGGGAGACAGACAGAGCACAGACAGAGCACAGACAGAGAUGGAGGAGUCGGACAUAUUCAAGUUCAUCUGUGCCAACAGAGGAGCGGUGGACACCGGGGAACUGUGCAACGUGGGCUCCGCCAAUGUGCCGCAGAUCAUCCGGAGUGAGAGGUUCCUCCUGUGUGGAGGUGGAGGAGGAGAAGGCCAGGAGGUGGUGGUGGCCAGAACCAGGCUGAGGCUGUGCAGGGUCAAGGACUGUCCGGGGACAUGUUCGAGACUCCACCUGUGUAAACACUUCCUGUUCAGCGGCCUCUGCUCCUUCGGCGGACGAUGCUGCUUCUCCCAUAAGCUGAACACUGACCACAAUGAGAGGGUACUGAGGCAGCAUGAAGUGGAGAGCCUGAGCAGGACAGAGCUGUGCACGCUGCUGCUGCAGAAUGACCACACGCUCACGCCUAAUAUAUGUCACGAUUACAACAACGGCGAUGGCAUGUUUGGCCUGUGUCAGGCUGGAGUUGGCUGCGAAAGACUGCACAUCUGUGAGCGGUACCUGAGGGGUAACUGCACCUGCUCCAGGACUCAUAACUUCAAUGCUCCACAGCCACUGAAAAUCCUGAAGGAGAAAGAUGUGCCUGACGAAAUCCUCCACUCCUUGAAAUUCAUCUACAGAAACAAAGAUGCUUUAAGGUUGUCUGGCCAAAGGGGAGAUCAUCAACAGCAGCAACCAGGCUCUUCUACAGGUGACGGCUAUGCUGCUGCCAACUUUGCUUGCGCCAGCGGUCCGAAUUUCAUACCAACAGAGUACGACAGAGGGAGAGGCGGUUUCCGGGGAAACAGGGGAAACAGGGGAAACAGGGGCAACAGGGGUAACAGGGGUAAUAGGGGAAUACAGGGCAACAGGGUUAUUCGGGGCAACAGGGGAAUUCGGGGCAACAGGGGAAAUCGAGGCAACAGGGGAAAUCGAGGCAACAGGGGAAACCAGGACGGCGUUGAACAGCUUCAACCAUCCGGUUCCAAUAGUGACUUCCUUCUUGACUUCGACGCCUUAGAUCUGUACACUGAAGACGGACUGAGCGAAGGCAACAGUGAGCAGCAACAACUAAACUCUUCCUCCAUCACUGAUGCGAGCAGCGACAAUGGGAGAGGUGGUUACCAGGGCAACAGGGGAAACAGGGGAAACCAGGGUGGCCUCCAACAGCAGCACCGAUCCUCUUCCUCUGGUGACCUCCUCUUUGACUUCGAUACCUUUUGCAAUAUGGGACAGAGCGAAGGCUUAGGAGGAGAGAUGAGAGGCUCAGGAGUGAGAGGUGGUUACCAGGGAAACCAGGGCAACAGGGGCAACAGGGGAAACCAGGGUGGCCUCCAACAGCUGCACCGAUCCUCUUCCUUGGACCGCCUCAUUAACUUCAAUACCUUCGAUCUCUGUAGCAAUAUGGGACAGAGCGAAGGCUUAGGAGGAGAGAUGAGAGGCUCAGAAGUGAGAGGUGGUUACCAUGGCAACCGGGGAAACAGGGGCAACUAUCAACAGCUGCAGAAUACUAACAAUGAUGACCCAAACAAUAGACAAAGGCCUGUCAGAGAUAAAACUGAGAUCUGUAUGUAUUUCAUCAUCGGACACUGUAAACAUGAGGAUAAGUGUUUCAGAGCUCACGACAAGAUGCCGUACAGGUGGCAGGUCAGAGAGGAGAUGCAGUGGACCGCCCUGCCCAAAAAUGAGGAGAUUGAAAAGGACUUCUGUGACCCCCAAAAAACCAACAGUGGUACUACCCAGCCUGUAGAUUUUGACCUCAUGACCUGUGGACCCAGAAAAGUACGACGACUCUCCACCUGUAACUCUUUGGUUGAGCCGACCUACCUCCACACCACCGAGUGGGUCUGGUACUGGGAGGAUGCGUUCGGAAAGUGGAACGCGUACGCUUCAUCCACUGGAGGACACAGCGCAGCAGGCAUGGAAAGCAGUGAGCUGGAGAAGAGGUUUCUGGCCAACCCCAAAGACGUGGUGGACUUUACCGUUGGUUCACAGUCGUAUUCACUCAGUUUCCAGGACAUGAUACAAACAAACAACCAUUAUAGCACAAAGAGACUCGUGAGGAGACGGCCCCAGUUCGUCACUAGAGCCGAUGUCAGAGCAAAGAGAGUGAGGAGGCCUCUGGCUCAACCAAACUGUCUUGCUAUACCAGACCACUGGGACAAGACACAGAUUCCUGCUACAGGAUACAAGCGAGUCUCCCUGAAGCACACCUCACAGGAAUUUAUGGAGAUUGAAGCUCUGUUCUUUAAAACCAUGAGAGGCUUUGACAUCGUCACAAUCGAGAGGAUUCAGAACAAACCACUGUGGGAAAGCUUUCAGUUGCAGAGGACUCAGAUGAGGACCAACAAUGGUGGACGCAACGUGCAAGAAGAACAGCUCUUCCAUGGCACCGACUCCGUGCACGUGGAUGCCAUCUGCCUCACCAACUUUGACUGGAGGAUCUGUGGAACUCAUGGAACCGCUUUUGGCACAGGUAGCUAAUUUGCCCGCGACGCCAAAUACUCCCACAGCUACACCGAUGACUCUGACGUCCAAUCCAUGUUCAUCUCACGGGUGCUGGUGGGAGACUUCACCAAAGGUUCCUCUGACUACCGCCGCCCUCCUUCCAAGGACGGCAGGGGCGCAAACCUCUAUGACAGCUGCGUAGAUGACGUCACAAACCCGUCUAUCUACGUCGUGUUCGAAAGGCAACACAUCUACCCCGAGUACCUGCUGCAGUACAAGACCUCAGGGCUCAAGACAGUACAGCCACCGAUCGCUACCAACCCGUACUACCCCUCAUUUGUACGCAGCACAUCAGCUCAGUCUAACACAGCUUCAAACCAACCCAGCAAUUUGAGUUACAAUUCCAACUCAGCCACCUUCCAGUACCCAUUAUGGAAAAGUCACUUCCAGCAUGUAUAGAUUCUCAAAGGAGGGGGUUGGGGGCAGGAAGCAAUGAGGCUGAUGGGAAAUGUGCUCCGAGGUAAAUGCAGAUGAGUGAUGCUGAUGGAUGAUGAAUACAUCCUGAUGUUUCAGAGGACUGAUCAAUGAUUUGACUUACAUGUUUACAUGUUAUUUUAUCAUGUUACUUAUCCUCCAUCAAGGUUUUAUAUUUUCAUCGCCGCUUGUUUGUUUGUUAGAUAGCAGCAUCACAUAUAAAUAACUGCACGGACACGAUGACAUAUGGCUGAGGAAUAUGCUGCAGAAGUAGGAUUUUUAAAAAUCAAUUUCUUUAACAUUUAACUUUGAAUGUUUCAUUAACUUUAACACUUCCACCAAUUUCCUUGCAGGGAAAAUCGCAAGUGCUCAGGCCCGCACAGUGCUGCUCGCAGCCCUGGUUUUUAAUAUGCAUUUUAGUUUGUGUGUGUAUUUGAGCUGCAAAAUAAAAAUAAUAUAUGUUCAGUUCUCUCCUUGGUGCAGCUGGCAUUAGUCACCUUGUUAUCUGUGUGGGAAUAAAACCUUAAAUGCAUUGAA